AUGGCUCCUGUUGCUUCCAAGAAUGGUAAGAAACAUGCUUUGAAGGUGAAUGAUAAGAAAGGUGCGAAAAAAGCUAGAGUUGAAGUUGAUUCUACGUCCAGCAGCGAAGACAUUUCUUCAGCAGAGGACGAUGAGGACGAUGAGGAAGAAGAAGUUGAGGAAGAGGACGAGCUAGACGCAAGCUCUGAAGAAGACGAAUUAGACCAGCCAGAUGGAGAAACCGGAUCUGAUAGUGAGGAAGACGAGGAAACCUCAGCUGGCAACGAAGAAGACAAGGAAAAAAGCGUUAGUGAAGGUCCAGGACAACAUGCAGAGCAAAGAAAGCUUUUGAAAGAGCGUAAACUGCAAAGAAAGUCCGGUAACGAAGUCCAGCAGAUCAAAUCGUUGUGGGAAAGACUGCGUGUGAACAACCCACCGGUGCCUAAACCCGUGCGUGAAAAACUGGCCAACGAGGUGUGGGAACUUUCGAAAGACUGUAUCAGUGAUCUGGUGAUGAAACACGAUGCGUCGCGUGUGGUGCAAACCCUGGUCAAGUACUCCUCGAAAGAGCGUCGGGAACAGGUCGUUGACGCCCUGAAGGGCAAAUACUACGUCUUGGCCACUUCUUCCUACGGUAAAUACCUUUUGGUCAAAUUAUUGCAUUACGGUACAAAGCAGUCCAGACAAGUCAUCAUCGAUGAACUGCACGGAUCUUUGAGAAAGCUCAUGAGACAUCGUGAAGGUGCACACGUCGUGGAAGACCUGUAUGUGUUGUACGCUUCCCACGAACAAAGACAACAGAUGAUCCGCGAGUUUUGGGGUGCCGAAUACGCUGUUUUCAGGGACGCCCACAAAGACUUGACUCUUGAGCAAGUGUGCGAGAGCAGCGCAGAAAAAAAGAACAUCAUCAGCAAGAACUUGAUUGGUACAAUCACCGCCUCGGUCGAAAAGGGCUCUGUGGGGUUCCAGAUCUUGCAUGCCGCCAUGGUCGAAUACGUCAAGAUCGCGGGCGACAAGGAAAUCUCAGAAUUCAUAGAGGUGCUCGAAGACAAAUUUGCGGAGCUGGUACAUACUCCAGAAGGAGCUGAGGUCUGUUCCACACUAAUAGCAAGAGCUACCGCAAAGGAGAGAAAGCUGAUCAUUAAGAAUUUGAAGGACCAUGCUGACAAUCUUAUCAGAAACGAGUUUGGUAACAGUGUGUUUGUCACCGCGCUAAUGUGUGUUGAUGACACUGUAAUGAUGUUUAAAUCAUUUGGGCCCGCCAUCAAAGAUCGUUUGCAAAGCAUGAUUGUUGACAAGUUUGGGAGAAGGCCCUUCUUGUACAUUCUUCUAGGACUUGACGGGAAGUAUUUCUCGCCCAACGCCAAGAAAGAGUUGCAAAAGUAUAUCAAGCUUUCAGAGAAGACCUCGAAAAAGCCUUUUGAGCAGAGAAGACGGGAGCUUCUGAAUAAGUUUGCGCCCAUGUAUUUGAGCACCAUUGCCAAGUACUACGACUUGAUUUUGGAGGAAACUCUCGGGUGCCAAUUCAUAAGCGAGGUGCUUGUCAAUGAUGAAUUCUACGAGCAGCUCGGCGAACAAGACAAGCAAAGGUUCCAGGAAGUUAUCGACACUGUCAUUGCCUAUUUCAAAGGUGACAUUUCAGAGGAAACUCAUCCAAUUCACAGACCAUUCUCUGUCCGUCUGUUAAAAUCGUUGAUUCAGGGCGGAAAGUGGAAUGCCAAAGAAAAGAAGCUCGAACCAUUGCAUAAAGUUCAAGGUCUUGGACCUGAAUUUGCCCAGAAGUUUUACGAAGCCAUCAUUGACGAAACAAAUCUUUUGGAUUGGAUCAACAACGCUGAUAGCUCCUUCACCGUCGUGGCACUUUAUGAGUCGUUGUCCAAGGCCGGAAACAAAAAAUUCUUGAAAGACUUGAAAAAAGUCGCAAAGAGCAUCGACAAAGACAGCAGCGACAACAAGGGUAGUCGUCUCUUGGCAAAACUAAUGAAUGAGAAGUCAUAA